AUGUCCGGGACGCCUUUGGUUCGUCCAGGAGGUCAACCUCAACUCGAUUAUGGAGCCGUACUUCCCUCUCAGCCAACAACCACUCGAACGACCCCGGACUCUGGGUUGGGAGCUGAUGACCAAAUGAGACAUCAGGAACGUCGUGUUCCUCCACCAGGAUUCGCUCAUCCACCACCACAAUACCUUCCUCAAGAUGGUGCUGUUAUGGGCCCAAAUCACCAAUCCGGACCUGGUGUAUUCGGGCCGUGUGAUGGCAAUUUCGAUAAGGAAAAGGUCACAUAUGAUGGACCCACAUCAUUUCAUCGCGGUAUGCGCUAUGAAAACGACUCUUCUAUGAUGGGCGUGCUUGAGGUGUUUUAUCGGAGUGUGACUAUUCCUUCCCCACCAACAUUUUAUGAGACCAGGGACGGUGUUGAGGUAAGAGGCGCAGGAUCAUUUCUAUCCGAACUGGGGUCAUGUCUUAAAGGUGUAAUACCAUGGGUUAGGUAA